GACAUUUAGCUAUCAAAUUUUGACAGAUCACCAACCCACCCAUGCAUUCAUACACACUUUCCUCCACUUUAAUCCAUAGGGCAGGCAGAAUCUGAGUGAUUUAUUUUAAACCAUUCCCCAGGGGUUUUACAGGAUUGAGCCGGUACUCAAUCUGAUCACAGCAAUCACUUUCUAUGUCAGCAAAUUCAUGAAUCUAACCCCCUUCGCAUGAGUUUGUCUGGGUGUGCAUGUGUGUUUGCAAGCCGGCUAAUGAGGGAUAGAGCAAGAGGUGGGAAGUAGAGAUGUGAAGAGAGGAGGGAGGGGACAAACAGGAAGAACGAACAUGCACUGUGAUGAGUGUAUACUGUGGUUAGUGCCCAUUGAGCAGUGUUAUCGUGGCUGUGCAGACAGAGAGAGGAUCCCCCUGCUCCUCCCAGCCUCAGCCGGAGAAGCCAUCGAUUUGAUUCAGUCUUAAAAGCCAGCCCCGCAGAUGAAGAGGAGACAGGAGAGAGAGCUCUGUGGGUUGUUUCUCAAUGGAGUAUGCAGGCUCCUCUCUAGAGGUGGGAGAUGGUGUGAGUGGGGCAAGUUCAGUGGACAACUGAGCGAACUCUUUCUGCCGGGGAAGUUGGCGUGACAUGGUUUUAAAAAAAGCCCCACAAAUAGUGGCUAGCUUCCAUAAAUACCCUCAGGUUAUUUUUGGCAAUGGAGGAGGAGCUCCUCCUGGGCCCGGCUACUGCUGGAAGCAGGUGGGCAGAGUGGCGUGGGACGGCGGAGAAGAGGAGAGGAGAGGCGGCACUUUAUAGGAGCAGGAGCGGAGGAGUGCGUGAUGAAAUGAAAUGUGAAGUGUUCCCUCACUCAGCCAGCAGACGCGUAAAAGAUUUAUCAAGCUGCUCCAAGAAACCAGUUGACGCCCUCAGCCCCAUCCCAUCCCAUCCCAGCCCCCCGGUCUACUACCACUAACACCCCCCACCCUCCUUUUUACACACCGGCUCGCAACCAUUCACCCAGUCAGUCACCUCAGCUGCGACCGGCCGGCUGGAGCGCAGGCAAAUAAACAGAGCCAGCCACAGCGAUCCUGUCACGGCUUUCGGCUGAGCAAAGAGACACCGGAGCCGACGAGGAGAAUGGGACACCGGUGCUUGGAUCAGGACUGAGUCUGGUCGGCACAUUCGAGCUCAUCCGACCCGUUUCCAAGUCCAUUUCUCCCGGCUCACUCACGUUACCACCGCCAACACAAUGGGCUGCUGCAGUGGACGAUGCACGCUCAUCUUCAUUUGCACUUUACAGUUGGUGUUGGCUUUAGAGAGGCAGGUAUUUGACUUCCUUGGAUACCAGUGGGCCCCCAUCCUUGCCAACUUCUUCCACAUCAUCAUUGUCAUCCUCGGCCUCUUUGGCACCAUCCAGUACCGGCCGCGCUACAUUGUGGUGUAUACGGUAUGGGCAGCUCUGUGGGUGGCCUGGAAUGUCUUCAUCAUCUGUUUCUACCUGGACGUAGGAGGCCUGUCCAAGGACAGCGACCUGCUGACAUUUAACAUCUCAGCCCAUCACUCCUGGUGGAGCGAACAUGGGCCGGGCUGUGUGAGGAGAGAGGUGCCACAAGCUCCAAGGGUUCACACCACAGAGAGCCACUCCUACAUCACAGUCAUGGGCUGCCUCAUGGAGUACCAGUACAUCGAGGUCAUGCACAGCGGCACACAGAUUCUUGUUGCUCUCCUGGGCUUCGUGUACGCCUGUUAUGUUGUCAGCGCUAUCACUGAGGAGGAGGACAGCUUCGAUUUUAUUGGUGGAUUUGACCCAUUCCCACUCUACCAUGUCAAUGAGAAACCAUCCCAUCUCCUCUUAAAGCCCAUGUACCUGUCUACGUAAAUAGGAGCGUGUCCAGGAGGGAGGUGACACAGCAAAUUCCCACGGAGACAAAAUGGCUGUUUUGACAUAAGUGUCCCAGUGCGCUGGAGCACAGACAUUCCUCCCCCUCUUGAUUUCAUCUUUUCAGUACUUUAAACAUGUCAUUUACUGGUGUGCUGCCCAGAAAAGGCAACACUUCUCAGUUAGGGUUCAUUGUUUUCCAGGGAGGGAUGACGGGUUCAGGGAACAGGGAGAUUACAGUGUAACAAAGCCUCAUAUUGUGUAUUUAGGGAAGUAUCAAUCAUUUUCUUUGUCUUGAGUUCUCUGCUGAGGUCCCAUUGCUGUGACCUGCCCAUAAGGUUUAAUACUGCCCAAGAACAUGACUGUAUAGAACACAUACAGCAUGUAAAUCAAAUUAUGUAUGUAAUCAGGAGCUGCCCAGUAUUCCCAGUCUGUGGUACUGUGUCUUAGAGGAUGCAGUGAUUUAGCAUGUUAUUGCUGGUUUGGCUCAGAUCUUGGCCGGAGGGCUGAAUUACAGUGGGGCCUGUGGAAUGAGCUAUUGUGCACAGCCUGUUUACUUUAGGCCAGGAUCUGUGUGCAUAAAUACACAAGCAAGGCAGGAAGAGGCAGGGGGAGUGGAGAGGCGGAGGGAGAGGAGGGAACAAAAGAACCAAACCUACAGGGGCAUCUGUCAAAAAUAGAAAAUGUAAAUAAUGAAACAAGGGGAAGAAAAAUUCACAAUUUAGAGUGUGAUAUGUGAACUAUCAUGAUUGCAAAUGAGUGUGUGAGAGGUGUUCAAACAUGAGGAAUGGCGUAUGAGUCUUACAUUUUAUUUUUGGAGUCUUGUUAUUGUGACUGUUUUCACCAACAGCCAAGUCAUUGUUUCAGAUGUGUCAGGUGUUUGUGUUAGACGAUGUGCUGAAAGCUUUGUUUUCACUUCAGUUCUCAUCCUCUAAACUGCUGGCAGAGCUGGCUGCUGACAGGGGUGAUCAUUACACACACUCGAGAAAAGGUUACACAGCAUAUUUUUAACUUGAUGGAACAAUAGGAAUUGUUUUACUAGUCAUAUUGCAAACAGCAGUGUUGAAUUGUAUGGGUAUGGUCUUCAGUGUAAACGUAGCAUGGCGAUACCUGAGCAGAUCAGUUCAACAGUUAGGAUUCUCAAUGGUGAUAGUCUCAAUUGUGAUUGUUUUAUAGCAUGUUUUUACAGGGUUUGUAUUGUAAUUAUGUGUAUAAACAUAUUAAAAUGAUGACAAAGUAGCAAAACUCUUCAACUAGCUACAUAUGAGCUGGUUAUACUGUAACUGUAAGUCGUUUCCUGCUUACAUCUCUUUCAUUUUGACCCAGCAACAUUUUAGACAAAAGUGCACACACGUGGGUCACAUCUCCUGAACUGAUUGGUAGCACUUUUCUUUGUGUUUCAUAAAUCAGAACUAAAGUCAGUCUGAGUCAGAUCCCCAGUUGCUUCACUGUUUGUGAAUCACUACAGCCCUCUGGUGUUCAAAGCGUUCAUGUACAAAGUGGGGGUCAGCUCUUCUGUAAAUCUCCAUGUUUUGUUUUAAGCUAUUCUUUUUUUUUGUUUGCAGAUAACAUUAAAUCUCAAAACAGUAUGUUAUUUCUAAUUCUCAUGUUAGAGGAGUCAGCGCUUACUUACUGCAUGUUUUCAAAGUUACACCUGCCCCCCUCACUCUAGAUUAAGAUAUUUUGUCACCCACUAAUCAGAAUCCAGGACAUAUUUUGGUGCAGUCUGCUUAGCUUUUUUUUUUUUUUUUUUUUUUUAUCAAAAAGUUACGAACA